AUGUCACCAGCUCGGCUUUCUGAAGAUUUGACCACAGAGAAGCUGUGCAAACAGGUAGUACGCUCAAUAGAGGAUCAUGAACCUGAGCUCUUCGCUAUUAAUAAACAUAUCCACGAUCACCCUGAAAUACGGUUUGAGGAGGUUCAGGCCCAUGAUGGAAUCUGUGACCUGCUGGAAACGAUGGGUUACUCGGUGGAACGACAUGCGUAUGGACUCAGCACUUCGUUCGAGGCUGAGUACGGCACUGGCGGACGGGUUGUGGUAUUCAAUGCUGAGUACGAUGCUCUCCCAGGUAUAGGGCACGCUUGUGGUCACAAUCUCAUCGCGACAAGCUCGAUCGCAUCCUUCAUCGCGGUUGCAGAGGCCAUUCGGGACAGUCGAAUCAGUGGAAGAGUGAGAUUGUUGGGAACGCCAGCCGAAGAAUCAGGGGGAGGAAAGAUCAAAUUGAUCCAGGCAGGAGCUUACCAGGGGAUUGAUGCAUGCAUGAUGUCCCAUCCCGGACCCGCCUCAUCAAAGAGUGACGAUGGCAAGCUCACUCUAGAUGGGACAUCAGCCACAACUUCUCUCGCUCGAAAAAAGGUAAAUGUUACUUUCAAGGGUCAGAAUGCUCACGCUGGACUCAAUCCUUGGGACGGAACGAACGCGCUUGAUGCAGUAGUGGCUAGCUAUGUCAAUAUCUCUUUACUGAGACAGCAAACGCAGCAGACAGCACGGAUUCAUGGCGUCAUCCGGAAUGGGGGAAUGGAGCCGAAUCUGAUUCCUGACGAAGCUAGCCUAGAGUAUUUUAUUCGGGAUACCAGUGCAGUCAGCGUGAACAGUAUGGCCAAGAUGAUUGAGGCUUGCUUCAAUGCAGGUGCACAAGCAACAGGCUGUAGCCUGGAAUGUGUCUGGGACGAUGAAUGCGAUUAUAAGGAUCUGAGACCGAACAUGACAAUAGCUAGAUCUUUUACCCAGCACAUGUCAAACAUUGGGAGGAAGUACCUGGUAGAUGGUCGGAGCUUACCCAUGGGGGCAUCUACCGACAUGGGUAAUGUGUGUUACGAAGUCCCGAGCUUUCAUGGCUCCUUCAGUGUUGGUCCAGAAAUACCGGGCGCAAGUCCACAUAACCCGGAAUUUGCAACAGCUGCUGGAACCAAAUCUGCUUUCUUAUUAGCGAUGGACUGUGCCAAGGGAAUGGCAAUGACAGCGUAUGAUAUUCUCGCAAAUGAUGCAAUUGCAGCAGAGGAGGGAGACUUUCUCAACAUCUUCAAAUCUCUUCCUCUUUACGACUGGUCGCAGUUGGCGAUCGCAAGCAGUCGGUUGAUGCAACUGUUUCGAACGGCGGCGCGCCGUCAAGCGAGAUUCGCUGCCGUUGGACGAACUUGGUAUCGAAGAGCGCAGCACGAUUUCCAUGGUCCACAUAAGGAAUACUUUCAGCACCCAGGGCAGACCCCCGUCCCAGAUGCCACACCCUAUGUCCUUCCACGACCGAUCCCAGUUAUCCAAGGUUCCGCUGGACCCUCGCGGAUCGUUCGCGCUGCAAGAUCAGUCUCGUGGGCCAUUCUCUUCUACGUAUUGGGUACCGCGGCAGGUACAGCCUUGAUAACAUGGCAAUACUUGCAACCACCUUUCGAACAGGGAUCACCGGAGGAUGAAGAGAUGAUCGAAGAGAUUCUUGAUACCCUAGAAACACAUCCGCUUGUUGAGUCACUCCGAGAAGAGCAAUGGAUCGAGGAUAAUCGCUACGCGAGUCAACUCAGAGGCAUAGGGCCCGGUCUCCACCUCGUUUGGGAGCGGCUUACGGGCACCCAAGGUAUCACCGCCAAAGCUUUUAGGCAUCCUUCCCAAGAAUGCACGAUGUUGGUGUUCUUUCUAGGCUUCGGUAUGGAAGGCUGGCCUGAUGUGAUACAUGGAGGCAUCCUCACGACGUUACUGCAGGAAGGCGUGGACCAGCAUAUCCAUAAUUUCUAUGCACACGAAGGCACCGCACAAGAACAGGUCAUCAGCGUUGAUUUCAAAAAGCCUGUUCGGCCAGGGGAGAUCUAUGCUAUACUCGUCCCACCUGGAGCGACGGAGACCAAUCCCACACCCGGACAGAAGGUUGUUCAGCUGGUACCGAUCUUGAUGCAUAUGGAAGCAGCUCCACGAGUUCGUUCAAGCUUUGAUGCAACUUCCAAUCAAGACCAGCAUGUAAUUGACGUCCGAACUCCUGGAGCUGUUGAUACCACGCAUGCGGUAGGCACUACACAGGUGCGACUUCUUGUCGACAAUCAGCACGCUGAGCUCGACCAAAAGGAUGGCGAUAGCCCUUGA